CCAUUUCUUCACAGAACUUCAGGCUCUAGUCAGGAUGAUGCCCUAGAACCAUUUUUUUAAACACCCACCUAAGGGCUAAUUACACUAUAUUCAUUCAAUUUAAAUUAUGUAAAUAAAAAAAAAACGUGUCCAUAAUGAGAUACAAGAAACACAGACUGGCAGGGGCAGUAGAGCCUCCAGACCAGGCUAACGGCUACGUCAACAGAGGUGCCGACAUGAGCACGGAGGAGACGGACAAGCUGCCGCCCCUGACCAUGGGGCAGAAGAAAAGGCGGUUCUCAGCCCCUACUGUUGCCGCCCCUGGUGGGAACCAGAUUGUGAUAGCCAGGACCCCACUAACUCAGGUGGCCUAUGACGACCUUCACCUCAACAAAGACGCCCUCCAAAAGACGACCUUACUGGAGAAGGUCAAGCGGAACAUGUACUGCUCCAAACGCCGUCUCUGGAAGCUGGUGUCGACCUACAUCCCCGUGAUUAAGUACAUCCGCUACUACAAGCUGAAGGAGAACUCCGUGGCUGACAUCGUCGCUGGCAUCACCGUCGGCAUCGUCCACAUACCCCAGGCCCUGGCCUUCGGUCAGCUCACCUCGGUCAAGGUCGAAAACGGACUCUUCACCUCCCUCUGGCCUGUUUUACUCUACGUUAUCUUCGGUACUUCCGCCCACGUUUCCAUGGGAACCAGCGCCGUCAUCUGCAUCUUAACCGCCGCGACGGUUGACAGGGAAGGUCAAGCCUGGGCGGCCUCGCGGCCUUGGAUUAUGAACCAAACUGGCAACGGGACGAUCCUUGACGAUUUACCGGAGUACAUGGAUUUUAAGGAAAAUCUGGCAAUGGCUAUAACGCUGAUUACAGGGAUUAUGAUGAUUGCUAUGGGGUUUUUGAAGUUAGGGUUCAUCACCGCGUACUUGUCGGAAUCUUUCUUCACUGCCUUCACGUCGGCCGCGGCCGUACACAUCGGCAUCAGCCAGGUCCCGGCCAUGCUCGGCAUCAAAAUAAAACGAUACGGCGGCGCUUUCAAAAUCGUCUUCAUGGUGCGGGACAUCUUCACCAACAUCACGGAGGCCAACGUGGCGGCGAUCAUCUGCGCCAUCAUCUCCUGCGUCAUCAUUCUGCUGGUCAAGGACUGCGUCAACGAGAGAUUCAAACACAAACUCUACGCGCCGAUCCCGAUUGAGCUGUUCAUCGUCAUCUUCGGCACGGUCGCUUCCUACUUCGGGGAUUUCCGAACAGAGUACAAGGUCGAUGUCGUCGGAACGAUCCCAACGGAAAUUCCCGUACCAAGCAUCCCUGUUGAAGGUUUGAAACUUUCAUCGAAUUACAUAGUCGACUGUUUCAUUUUGGCGAUUUUGAUCUUCGCCAACACCAUCGCCAUGGGCAAGAUCUGCGCCAAGAAGCACAACUACGAGAUCGACGACAACCAGGAGAUGCUGGCCUACGGCAUGUGCAACGCCUUCAGCUCGUUCUUCAACUGCUUCCCCUCCAGCGUCUCCCCGCCCCGGUCUAUGGUGGCCAGCAGUAUGAACGCCAGGACGACCCUCAAUGGCAUCUUCGUCUCCAUCCUCAUGCUCCUCGUCAUCCUCAUCGUCUCCAGGCUCUUCACUGAGCUUCCGAAAGCCGUUCUUGCCGCCAUCAUUUUCAUCGCACUGAAAGGUCUGUUUAUUCAAAUCAUCGACGGGAGAAAGUUCUGGCGAAUCAACAAAUUCGACUUCGUGAUUUGGUUCUUCACAUUUUUCGCUACAGUGUUUAUUGAUAUCGAUAUGGGGCUUGGAGUUGGGGUAGGCGUCUCCCUGAUAACGGUAGUUUUCCAGACCCAGUUCGCUAGAGGCUACAAGCUCGGCUUCACAAAGUCCGACCCCUGUUUCGUGGAACACAAAAAGUACCGAGACUCCACGGAAAUUCCCGGAAUCAAGAUUUUCCGAUUUCAGUCUUCGCUGUAUUUCGCGAACGCUGAAAUUUUCCGAAACACGCUGUACCGCUGCACCGUAAACCCGAGGAAAUUGCUGAAAGGUUUGAAGAAAAGAGAGAAGAGGUUAGCCAAGCUCAACAAUGAAAGAAUCGCGCAGGGACUCCCGCCAGAAGACAGACGCAACUCCAUCAUGAUGGGAGAGGUGGGGCUGGCCUCGCAAAACUCGUCAAGCAGUCUCAACAAGUACCCGCUAACCCUCACGGAAACAGAGAGGAACAGUAUGGGAAAGCUCACGAGCAGCGAGAGUGCUCAGGCUGAGAGGAUCCGACGCGUGUCGCUCCCCAACAUGGAGAAACCCAAAUUCCAGAGCGUCGACGAAGAUCAGGAGAUGAGCAACAACAACGGUGACCUGGGCAUCCCAUCCGGCAACGUCGUCGCUAAGUCUCCGAACCCAGAGCGAUACUCCAGCAAACAAGUCAACGGUUCUGGAACUCUGGAUUACUCCAAGCGACGAGAAUCGACUUUCUCCAUCGAUUUCGACGAUUUCGAAGAAGACCCCGACGACGGCGAUGAACUAUUCACAGAUGAGAAACUCCGACAAAUGAGGAAGAUCCACCACAUCAUUUUGGACUGCUCCACCAUAAAUUAUAUCGACGCAUCCGGGUCAAACGUCCUGAGCCACAUCUUCACAGAAUACGGGCACGUGAAUAUUAAAGUAUUUUUAGCUGGAUGCUCCGCUGACAUGCGCAGAGCUAUGGAGCACGCAGGCGCGUUUGAUAAGAUACCACGCAACCAUCUUUUCCUUGACAUUCAUGACGCCAUAGCCAUCGCCAAGCCAGAGAGGAUUCUGCCGCUGGAGGCUGAAGCUUUGGAAGACUUCUCCGACGAGGAAGCCAUAGAAGACUCGUAUGUAACUAAAAUGUAGACAACAACAAUCUACUUUGGCCAGGACAGACAAUCACGCAAGGUGAAACUUGCAAAAAUAAUACAUGAUUAAGUCCCUUUAUUUAAAAAUUAUUUCUAAAACACAUUUGAUAAAUAUUUUAGAAAACGAUGUAUUGGGUGAUUUCAUUGUAGCAUUCAAGCUACGUUUACUAUAAAAUGUAUCUCUCAUUCUCAUUACAGCAAAUGUUGUUUAUUCUUUUGUUGUUAAUAAUCUUCCACAAUUAUCAAUUUUUGAACAAUAUAUUUCAAAAGUUAAAAAAAAAUAUUAAAUUAUACACUUUUGUACUUGUAAUUAUUAGACAAAUAUUGUGAUGGAUAUUUUCAACAAAUGAUAAACAAUUUUUAACUAUACCUUUUACCCGAACGUUUUUAUUCAGACACCUACCAAUACCAUAAUUAAGUUUUUGAAAUUUUUUUAGUAAAAUUUGCUUGGUUUAGAUUAUAGUACAAGACUCGAAAAAAUUUCAUAGCUCGUUUUCCUAUCAAGUUCUUCUCAUUCAUUUUUAAAGCUUUAAUAAAUGUUCUUGCAUAUUGAUCAAGUUUCUUAUCAAUAUUUUUUAUGUACCAGAAAACUGUAAUGUAGUUUGAAAGCACAAGAUUGUUAUUUAUAUUGGUUUUUGAGUGGAGAAAAUGUUAUAAUUAAAGAAGUAACAAUUUGAUUUCAGUAAAAAGUUAAUAAAAUAGCAAAGUUUUGUUAUGUUAAAUGUGAACUUAGGGAGGAAAUUGAGGGUCAAAGGCUGCUUAAUGUUAAAGUGUAUGUAACAGGAUUGGAUUGCUGAAGUUGAUAUAGAUGGAUUGUUGAAUGUUGAGGUAAGUUUGAUUGGAUUGUUGAAUUUUGAGGUUAGUUUGAUUGGAUUGUUGAAUGUUGAGGUAAGUUUGAUUGGAUUGUUGAAUGUUGAGGUUAGUUUGAUUGGAUUGUUGAAUAUUGAGGUUAGUUUUAUUGGAUUGUUAAAUGUUAAAAGUUAUAAUUAGAUUGUUGAAUGAGGUUGGUAUAAUUGGAUUUACAAAAGUUAAGGUGAGUGAGUUUGGUAUAAUUGUUAAGGUUGGUAUAAUUGAUUGACUUAAGGUUACAAUUUGUAUGAGUGGAGUGUUAAAUAUCGAGACUAAAAAUUUAGUUUUUAUAUUUAACUCUCCAAUAUUGCUGAAGAGUGAUUAGGUUGUUAAACAACAAUGAAUGUUGAACCUGAAAUCUAGUCUAAGUCUUGAGUUUUCAAUCUAAGAUGUAAAACAAAACAAUACAAAUGGGGUAACAAGUUGAAUGAUGAAGUUAUAUCUGUAUAUUUGCUAUAUUAAUCUUGAAGAAGUGUUUAAAAACAUACUCACAUUAUAAAAGGAUUUCAGGUUUUCAUAGAGCAUGUAUCCUAGAGUCACUCAACUUUUAGGAAUGUUUUUUUUUUUUAACUUGUGUUAGCAAAAAUAUACUUGCUUUAGAGAAUUUGAGAAAAAUGAGGUAUUCAUGUUAAAAAACCUAUUGAAUUUUUUUAUUUACAAAGACUGAAUUAUUUUUUAAUUUUAUUUUAUCCAAUAUUGUUACCAGGUUAUUUUGAUUACUUAUAUAUUUUUUAAAAUAU